GUCAAAAAUAAAUAAAUAGCGAGAUAGUUUUUGAGCAUAUAUAUAUAUAAAAAAGGGGCACACUUCUUUUUACUUUUUAGUAGAUCUUAUUUUUCGACAUGGCUUUAAGAGUACCUAAAAGCACACUUCCUCAGCUCUUCAAGGACGGUUACAAGUUUCAAUCGGGCGUCGAAGAAGCUGUUUUACAAAACAUUGAAGCCACGCAUGAAUUUGCUGAAGUUGUGCGUACAUCCAUGGGACCUCAUGGUCGUAACAAGAUGAUCAUUAACCAUCUCGAAAAAUUGUUUGUGACCAACGAUGCCGCCACGAUUAUUCGAGAACUCGAUGUAGUGCAUCCCGCUGCCAAAUUGUUGGUCAUGGCGUCUCAGCAACAAGAAAGUGAAAUGGGGGAUAACACAAAUUUCGUGGUGGUUUUUGCUGGUGCACUUUUACAAAAGGCUGAAUAUCUUGUUAAAAUGGGUCUUCAUCCUUCCGAGAUUAGUUUAGGAUAUCAAUUAGCAAGAGACCGUGCAUUACAAAUACUACCUGAAUUGGAAAUCGAUCAAAUUCAAUCGCUGACAGAUAAACAAGAAUUAUUAAAGAUCAUCAAGGCUCCCAUCUCUUCUAAACAAUACGGUUAUGAAGACCUCUUGUCCCAAUUAGUGGUAGAAGCUGCUCUCAACAUCAUGCCUAAAAACCCUAAAGAUUUCAACGUGGAUAAUAUUCGUGUCGUCAAAGUCAUGGGUUCCAGUAUCCAUGACUCCCGCGUAGUCAAAGGUAUGGUCUUUGGUCGUGAACCCGAAGGAUCUAUCCGUGAAACCAAAAAGGCAAAGAUCGCUGUCUUCACCUGUCCAUUGGACAUCACACAAACCGAGACGAAAGGUACCGUCUUGAUCCAUCAUGCCAGUGAAAUGUUGAAUUUCAGUAAAGAUGAAGAAAAACAAGUGGAAAAGGUCUUUGCGGAUUUGGCUGAGGCUGGGGUCACGGUUGUAGUGACGGGUAAUGGCAUUGGUGAUUUGGCUUUGCAUUAUUUAAACAGAUAUAAUAUCAUGGCGGUCAAGGUACUUUCGAAAUUUGAUUUACGUCGUCUGUGUCGUGUCAUUGGGGCCACUGCUUUGGCACGUCUAGGUACACCGAUGGCAGAAGAGAUGGGAGCGUGUGAUAUCGUAGAGACAGUAGAGAUUGGCUCUGAUUUAGUGACAGUGUUUCGUCAAGAAGAAAAAGAUGUCAGUACACGCACAACAACCAUUGUCAUUCGCGGAGCUACCCAAAAUCAUAUGGAUGAUAUUGAACGUGCUAUUGAUGAUGGUGUUAGUGUAAUUAAGGCCGCUACACGUGAUAAUCGACUUUUAGCGGGUGCAGGUGCCGUGGAGAUGGAAUUAAACAAGCGUCUUCAAGAGGUAGCAGCAAAAACUCCGGGAUUAAACCAACAUGCCAUCAAGAAAUUUGCUGAAGCGUUAGAGAUUGUGCCUCGUACACUUUGUGAAAACGCAGGUAUGGAAGCCACAGCAGUUCUAUCCCGAUUAUAUGCGGCACAUUAUCAAGAGGAUAAAAAAGGUGCGUGUAUUGGUGUGGAUAUUGAAAGUGGAAUGGAUGGCACCUUGAAUGCCGUAGAGGCUGGGAUUUUUGACUCACUAGCAACAAAAGCAUGUGCCAUGAAGUUGGCUGCAGAUACAGCUAUUACUAUUUUAAGCGUUGAUCAGAUUAUCAUGUCUAAACCUGCAGGCGGACCCAAACCUCCCAAGAAAGAAGCACAUUGGGAUGAGGAUUAACAACAACAACAAAAAGUUAACUCCCUUCCAUUUCUUAUGUACUUUAUAUAUAUAUAUAUAUAUUAUGAAAUAUAAUUAAACCUCUAAACUAUUUUAAUUG